GAGGGGGAGAAGUGUGGGCUCGACCCCCGUCCUGUCUAGAGCUCCCAAUUGGUCUAUUGCCUUUCAGCUCUUGCUUCCUGUCAUAUCCUCUUAGUUUGUGUCUCACUUUGAAACCAUCUCCUUUGAAGAGUCUCUUUGGUGCCUUUUCCCAUUUGUUUUAUUUGAGAUUUUUUUUUUUUACAGUUUAGGUGGACAGGCGGACAAGGCGGAAAGGCAGUCCCUGCCAUUGCUGCUGUUGGCCAGACUCAGCGGGCAGCUGAGGCAGACUUUAGCCGCCAGCUUCCCCCACUGAUCGGCCUGUCAUAGAAGAUAGACAGCGAGCCAGCAGGAUUCUGUUUCGCCCAGCCGCUGUACACGAAAACCAAGCAGCUUUCUCUGGGCCUGGCUGUGUUUUGUUGGAGUUUUCUGCUUUACAGGUGGAGAGCGACUUUAUAGCAUGAAACAAGCUUGGGACAAGAGCGUUUUUGAGAAUGGGCAGACGAAACACAAAUAUCCAGGAACAGGCCAUGUGGAUUCUGGAACAGCAGCUCCUCUUGAGCACCUCCAGAGCUCUGGUUCAGGAGAUAAGCUUGAUAAGAAGGCUGUUCCUGUGGGAGGAGCCCUCGGAGGGGCGGGUCAGAACCUGUUGCUGAGCCCAGCGAGCAUACAGCUGGCCCAGCUUCAGGCUCAGCUCACCCUACACCGUCUCAAACUCGCCCAGACCAGCAGCACUGCUGCUGCCGCUACUGUCCUCAACCAGGUCCUCUCCAAUGUGGCCAUGUCCCAGCCUCUCUUCAAUCAGCUCAGGGGCUCCAGCAUUGGCCAGGCUCAUGGAAGAGGGUUCCCUCCUGCACCCAUCACCUUCCCCCCUCCCUCCACCGCCCUGGGCACGCUGGCUGGGGGCGGGUUCUCACAGAACCAUGCUGGGAUCAGACUAAACCACUAUGGAGCAGGGAGCUCAAACCAGAACACCAAUCAGCAAGGCGAAUAUGGGAAAAAAGCUGGAAUGUUUCAGACGGAUACGGAUCGGCGCGUGCAGUUUGGGUUUACUGGAGUAGGUCCCAGUAAGGCGGCCGACGCAGGACAGUAUGGAGGCCCCGGUGUGCAGGCCAAGAACAGUACCCAGAACAACUACCAAAGAGACUGCUACCCUUCCGAGGGUCAGCAAGGGGUGUUUAUGGGAGGCAGUGGCGAGCUGAUCCAGGACUCUGGCCAAAAAGAGCAGUGGAAAAACCCAACAAGCUUCCCCCUCUCAGGUAAACUGGACAUGGGUACUGGGGCUGGGACCAGUACCUGGGGCCCGGCUCCUCAGGGCUUUGUUGGUCCACGAGCAGAACUGUACAACCCUGAGGAACCCACUGGUGAGCCCAGGUUUAGCCCAGCUGGUGGCCUGGGUUUCAACUUUACUGGGGGGCAGCCAGGGUUUGUAGGAUACCAGCAGCAGCAGAAAGGUGAGGAGGGGAAGGGCAUGACACUACAAGCCCACCAGCUCAACGAUUACCACGGGGCGACACCAUCACACCUACCCCACCAGUGCACCAUUUGUGAGAAGAAGGUUUACAACUUGAAGGACUGGGACCAGCACGUGAAGGGCAAGCUACAUCUACAGAACCGAUCGCUGUACACAGAGGCCCCAGCGGUAGGAGCCCUGCACUUUCCGGCCGCGUCUGAAGGAUGCCCUGGCUCCGCGCUGACUAACGCCAUGGCGUACUCAUCCGCUGCCGGCCAAGAUGUUUCAGCCGGAGGUGCCUCUUAUUUACCAGCUACUGCGAUGAAGUCAUUUCCUCUCUCAGGGGCGGGAUUUACCUCACACCAGCCAGGGGCAAAGGUCAGCCACAUAAGGCGAGCCCCUGGACGCGUCGUCCAUAUCUGCAACCUCCCCGAGGGCAGCUGCACAGAGAAUGAUGUCAUCAACCUGGGUUUGCCCUUCGGCAAGGUCACCAACUACAUCCUCAUGCGCUCCACACAUCAGGCCUUCCUGGAGAUGGCGUAUGUGGAAGCAGCCCAGGCCAUGGUGCAGUACUACCAACUACAGCCAGCUAAGAUCAACGAUCAGAAGCUCCUCAUCCGCAUGUCCAAGAGAUACAAGGAGCUGCAGCUUAAGAAACCGGGUAAAGAUGUGGAGUCCAUAAUCCAGGAUAUUAACUCUCAGAGGGAGAGAGGGGAGAUGCAAGAUAUGGAUCGGUACCUGCCAGAGCGAGCACGCUCGCGCAGUCCUAUCAGUCGCUCCCUGAGUCCGCGCUCUCACAGCCCCAGCUUCACCUCCUGCAGUUCCACCCACAGCCCCCAGGGUUGCCGGCCAGACUGGAUCAAUGGCCUGGGCCCUCGCCGCGGAUCCUGGGACUGGACGUCCCACGGGCGGCGAGACGAGGACCCUCGCGAUAGAGAUGAGUGGAGGAACGGAGAGGACGAGAGGCCUAACGGCCGGCUCUCUGAGCGCAGGAAACCUUACCUCAAACCUGGGGAGCGGGGCAGCCCUCGCAUGGACGAACGCGGCAGGGACUGGUACCCCCGCGGCAGCCCCCAGGGCCCGCCCUUCUCCUCCUACCACACUAUGGACGACUUCUACAAAAAAGAGCCCGCAUACAAAGCUGAAAAGACCCUCCGGACACCCCAGAACCAGAGACAUGAGGGGAAGUACAAGAGAAGAGACGGCACAGACCACCACAGAGCCAGACACUCAGAGUCAGAUCUAACUGAAGAUCUUGGCUCCAGCAGGGCUGCUGAGGAGCGGGGACGCAGCAAGAGGACGAGCAGGAGACAGGAGCGAGAGGACAAAGAGACUGAGAAUAGUAAAGAAGCUACUGAGCAUCGAGCCAAAGACAGAUCAUCGCCUCCCCACAACAGCAAACCUUCUGAACCCACAGAAUGUGAGCGAGACAGAGACAGUGAGGUGGAGGAGUGGGUGAGCGGGGAGGAGACAGAAGGUGAGAGCUGGUACCCGAAAAGCAUGGAGGAGCUGGUAACGGUCGAUGAGGUCGGGGGAGAGGACGACUCCAUCAUCGAGCCUGAUCUCCCUGAUCUUCAGGAGGAGGAGCCAGCGGAGGAGCCUAGCCAGCCUGCAUCCAGCCCAAAUCCCAACCCCAGCACAGAAGUUCCAGCACAGGCAGAGAAGACCCAGGAAGAACCUCUUCCACCUCCAGAUAUCAGUCCAGAAAAGACAUCCAGCCUGAGUCUGGCUGAGUCUAGAGAGCCCUCAGUGAGCAGCAGCGCUCCAGACCAGCCCUGCUCUCAGCUCUGCCUGUUCCCCAGCCAGGAGUUCAAAAGCGCACUAGAGGAGUCCUCACAUACAGAGCCACAAACACCCAGAGCCACGCCAGACAGCCUGCCCAACCACAGCCGUGCAUGUGAGGUGGCGUGUGAAAGAGAGAAGGCUGUGGAUGCACAAACAGCCGGUGAGACUGUUGGGCCGGCGCAGCCUGACAAGAAGGAGACACAGCACAUAGAGGAGAACCAGAAGAGAGACGCCCACAUCUCAGUGCCUGCCGAUUCACCCCAGAGGACAGAUACUGAGACUCCCUCACCAUCACGAGAGCAGGAGAAAAUCGUCAGUGAAUACAGCAUCCCACUAGGUGUGGAGUUCAUCGUACCCAGGACGGGCUUCUACUGUAAACUCUGUGGCCUUUUCUACACCAGCGAGGAGACGGCUAAAACUACGCAUUGCCGGAGCACCGUUCACUACAGGAAUCUACAGAAGUAUCUGUCUCAGCUGGCAGAGGAGAGUCUGCUGCACUUCCACGCCGACCCAGCCAGCACAGAGUGAACCCGGACAAGCCUGAGACGUUACCACCACCAGGGGGAGUCGAGCAGUGCUGAGCUCCACUCGUAGCCCAGGAGUGCCAAGCGGAGAGGACGAUUAGAGACAGAGCAAAGACAGAGAGAGAGAGAGAGAGAGAGAGCGUAAGAGAGACGGCGAGGAAGUAUGACAGAGGGAAGGGCACAGGACAAUGAGCCUGUGUUUACUGUGGUUUCGUGUGCUGUGUGCACACUGAAUCCAGAGAAGAGGGAGGUUGGUCUGAACUGGACUGAACCACUGCAGGGGAAAGUGAAGGUCACCAGGUGGAGCUCAACCCGAAGGUGUAAAACCUGUUUUUUGUAAACAAAUCCUGCCUUAAAACAAUCAACUCAUUCGGUGAGUUAGCCAAAGUAGGUUAAAGUGAUGUGAAGCUUGUCUUUUUUAAGGCCCUGUCUGUUCUCCAGCGCAACCCAAAGAUGGAUGGAAUUGAUUUCAAUAGCAGCACAGAACUCCUGCCUCAAAGACAACUUUCAAAAAAGAAAGUCUGUCAAGUCGUUCAGUCACCCAACUGUGAAUCUGUGUCGAUCUACUGUUAAAAUGGUUAAAACAGUCUCUUUCUAUUAGAGACAUGCAAUAGCUUGUGUCAUAUUGGAGCAAGCAGAAAAUACCGGAUCAGUUAUUGGAGAGAAAAAUCCAGUCCUGUAACAUAUCAAUCUAAAAAUGAGGUUUUUAUAUAGGCUUCGUAAAAUAAGCUCACACACUCACAGAAGCAUUAUAAAGUAGCAUACUUUGACGCAGCUCGGCCUGGAGGAGGAAAACAAUGCGGUAUCUCAUUAAUAUUUACACAUAUUUGCAUUUGCAAAUUAGUCACAGAUUUCCUGGAAAUGAACUCAAAGACCCGGAAACAUUGUAAACAUGUCCAGCUUGAACACGGCUUCAUGAAAUAACCAACACUGGUGAUGCUAACCGGCUUACAGGCUGGUCCAGUGAUAUUCAGAGUUAGACUUUAGGAAGGAUUAACUAUGAAAGCUGCAGCAUACAAAGUAAAAGCUGCACGCGACAUACCAUCAGCCUUUUCUAUUCAGUUUAAGUGACCCAAUCUUUCAGAUGAGUGCAGAAUCCCCAAAAAAUAUAGUACCGCGUGAUUUCCCUCAGGCAUCUAUAGCUGAAUUCCAAAAUGCCUCCACUAUAAUGAUGGAAAACACCUUUUGUUUUUGUAUGUAAAGGACUGGACACAACUCAUUUACAAAAGCACAUGUUGCAGCCUGAGGUUUCUUCAGCAGGGAGCGCUCUUAGCACACAAGCCAUGUCUUUUAAUCAGUUAAAGCCAAAAAGCAACCACAAGAGGUGAAGUAGUGUUCAAGUGUUGUGUUACUCUUGUAUUAUUUAUUCUGUGAUUUACAUUAAAAGAUGUAAUUAAGUCGGUUUAUGUUAAAAAAUAUAUGUAUAGGCCUACAUCAUGGUCUAAAUAAAAUCUCAAUGUAGGCCAUAGAAAUCAAAAAUGGAGAUGCAUCGAAAAUUGGAGAAGAAAAAGUGCUAUUGCACCGUCUCCAUUGUCUAUAUUUCGUUUAUUCUCAAGCCCAGCACCGUCAAACUGUGGGUUAAAGAAAGUCAGAAUGCACAGUUUAGCAAAGAAUGUUCUGACGGAUGUGAUGUUGUCACAGAUUCUGUCCGUUUAAAGGACGCGUGAUGAAAGCUAAAGUGGCCUAUUGUUGUAGAAGGCUAAACGCCACAAAUUAGCAGGAUGUAGUUCUCAUUAUGUUCAUUAGACCCGAAACAUACUUUACGCAAGGACGUGAACGCAGAUGACAGCGCUCGGCCAACGCACUGCAAACGCUCAGUCCUGCUGUACAAACUCACCGCGCGUUCUUACGUUGCUGUGGAGGUUAAAACACUCAGUACUGAAGGGGGCGAUAGAGUACAAAUCAGAGAGUGAUCUACUGUUAUUCCAACAGCCUCAACAGCUAAACUUGGACAGUAGAGGAGAGUGAGCGGCUUUACCUCGUCUCUUGGAUUGGAAAUACGAUAAUCGUAUUUUUAUGUCACCUUUGCGUGAGACUCAACUGCUCGUCUGCCAUAGCAGUUGAGAAGCACGCUGACCGCUUGGUCAGGCUUGGCUGAAGUUACAGCGCCCCCUUGCUGUAACGCCCAGAAUGCAGCUCGCACUUGCGCCACGUUAUGAAAUGCGUUGUGACACAUUUUUGAACGCAGCUACGUGUGAAACCCCGUCUGCGUAGCUCGAAGCGUCUGCGCUCGCGUCCUUUCGUGAACUAUGUUUCGGGCCUUAAGGUCUCCUGGAUUUGAAGCAAUGUGAAUUUCUUUAUCGGAUCGUAAUACACUGGACGUCCUUGAAACUGGACUAAGAUGAUUUUAUCUGAUUUUAAGUGCCUUUCUACAGUCAGGAGGUAAAACUCGUGCUCAGGUCAGUGAGAAGUUACUCAUCAAUGCCACUCUACACAUUUAUACUACUAAUAUUUUAUAAAGAAUCAAGCGCUGUGCAGGUGUUGGGAUUCACUGCCGUCUCUCUGGUUUUGGGUCUUGAAUUCGUUUCAUGCUUGUAUAUCAGGUUGGAAGCAGAUCAAACGGUGUAUAAUGUUUAAUACAUAAAGCUCAAGAAAGUAGCAAUACUUGAACUGGACCAUGUGUGUUAUUUAUCCUACUUCAGGUG